AUGGCUGAAAUCGUAUUGUCGUCCAACACAAUUAUCGAAGAAAUCAAUUCGAUCACGUCUGCAGGGACUUUCGCCGUAGCACAUUGCGUGUCGGAAGAUUUCCAAAUGAGUAGGGGUGUUGCGGUGCAGUUUAAGCUGAACUAUGGUCAUGUUAGCGUCCUCCUGGACCAAAGGGUCAGAGUAGGUGGGGUGGCAGAACUGAGGGUUGACCAGGAAAAUUAUUUUUAUAUUUUUUACCUGGUGACCAAAGUUUUAUACCACCAUAAGCCAACUCUCCAGUCCCUAGCCACCACAUUGGUCCAGUUAAGGGAUAGAUUGAAGGAAUCGUCGAUUAGUUCUUUAAUUAUCCCGAAACUGGGCUGUAAUUUAGAUGAACUUAAUUGGUACCAGGUUCAUGAUUUAUUAAAGACGACAUUUAACGGCCUGCAGUUAAAAGUCACAGUUUGCGAUCCCGAAAACUUUCAGAUACCAUCUCACCAUCUAGCCAAAAUAGAGGAGACACCAAUUGAUUUUUUUAAUGGUUCGACGAAUUCCACAGUCAAAAUUCUACCCGUCGAAAUAACGUGCGCGUCGACAAACACGUUAUUUCAAAAAUGUUUGGCAAAUAAAUUUUUAACACCGGAGUUGUGGGCGACGGUGCACUUAGGACAGGUUGUCCGAGUCAGUGACAACUUCGUAAUAUGGGCAAUACAGGGCGAUGAUGUGAGGUUUUUUCAGACUUUGGAAGCCCAAAUUAAUGAAACAGUGGCGAUGGGCCUUGCUUCAUUCAUUUGUGCAUUUCCAAAGUCUGAAAUGAUUCACUAUGCGGCAUUUUCGUCCCUGGUAAGGUCACAGUUGGCUGACAUUGUACCUUGGCGGUAUAAAAUAGUGGUAUGCAACCCAUCUAUGCCCACGCAAACAAUACAUGCGGGAAAAUGGCCGAGAGGCAGAAAUCAUCACCGGCCUCCACCUCAAAACUAUAAUCCUGGCCAAGGUGGGAUUGUACGUAGUCGUGGCCAGCUGGUACGUGAUCGCGGGGAGAUUAUGCGUGGCGGAUAUUUCCACGGACGUGGUGGACGUGGUGGACGUGGUGGACGUGGCGGAUAUGGUGAACACUCGUCCACACCGUCCACGGCAAUUUAUUCGAACGCGUUGGACGCAUUAGGGCACACCGUAACAUCGAUCGUAUCAGUCGUACAAUUGUCCACACAAAAUACGAGCCCAAAACCAGCGCCGGCAGGGCCAUCGUGGUCUAACGUCAAUUAUACCCGUGGACGGGCACGUAGAUGGGCAUGUAGAUGGGCACGUAGAUGGGCACGUGGACGGCCAACAAUUAUGUGCCAUAAUUGCAGGGCAUUUGGCCAUACCCGGCAGUACUGCCCUAACAAUUGUAAGUACCUAGACAAAUGA